CAGUUGAUCGCAACCUGCCAAACUGUUCAAUUUAGUCGCGAUUUACAUGUAUACUCUUCACUGAAUUUAUUUUAAAAGGAAGUAAUUUUAACAUAUAGUAGAGGGUAGUGCAGCUAGUGCGAAUCUCGCAAGAAGGGGUGAAAAUUUGUGACUCAAUCACGUUUGUGUGCAAGCUUUAGUGGUCAAUAAAAUAUGCUAUCAGUAUUUCUCUGGGCACUUUUAGUGCUUCUACUUGGUGUUUACGUGCACUUUCGGAGGCGCUACAGAUUCUGGGAUGAGCUCGGUGUACCCUUCGUACCACCAACAUUUCCAUUGGGAAAUGUGGCUGAUUCCGUGGCAGCUGGAAAUCACUUUAGCUACGUGAUACAGGGUCUAUAUGAGCGUACCAAGAAGGAAAAAUACAUGGGUAUCUACUUCUUUAGUUCACCAUGUCUCCUCAUUAAUUGUCCCGAAAUGGCAAAAACCAUCCUUGUGAAGGACUUUAACUAUUUCGUCGAUCGAGGGGUGUAUUAUGAUGAAAAUAAGGAUCCCCUUUCGGCAAAUUUAUUUUUUAUGGAAGGUCAAAAAUGGCGGAAUUUGCGUGCAAAAAUUUCCCCAACAUUCACAAGUGGAAAGCUCAAAGUUCUCUUUCAUACAGUCGCUGCAGUUACGGAGGAAUUACUUGGAUUUAUUUCUGAAAGCCUAGAAGUUUCUCCCACGGGAAAGACACUUGAAAUAAAGGACCUAAUGGCAAGAUUUACAACAGAUAUAAUCGGGACAACAGCCUUUGGCAUUAAUUGCGACAGUCUCCACAAUCCAAAAUCGGAAUUUCGACAAAUGGGCAAUAGAAUUGUUAACAUUACAAAAACAAGAGCUGUGGCACUUUUCCUCGGUAUGGUUAAUCGUAGUCUAGCAAGGAGAUUAAAUUUACGCUUUACACACCAAGAAGAUGCGGACUUUUUCAUGGAGACCAUUAAGAAUAUAAUUAAUCAGCGUGAGCAGCAGAAGAUUAAGCGAAAUGACUUUAUGGACUUGAUGAUACAGCUGAAAAAUAAAGGGAAAUUGGAAGAUGCUGAAGAAUCUGAAGCCACUGGUGGACUAACAUUCGAAGAGAUUGCCGCACAAUGUUGGAUUUUCUAUUUUGCCGGCUUUGAGACAUCUUCAACAACAAUAACUGUGGCACUUCAUCAGCUUUCAAUUCACGAAGAUAUUCAGGAACGUGCACGCGAGGAAGUAAAGCGUGUCCUGGAUAAGUAUGAUGGGAAAUUUACAUAUGAAGGUGUCAUGGAGAUGGAAUAUCUCAACCAAAUUGUGAAUGAGACGCUGAGACUUUUCCCACCGGUUGGUACAAUUCACCGUAUCUCAAAUCAGGACUAUCGUCUCCCAAAUGGCGCCAUAAUGCCCAAAGGCACAUUCGUUGUCAUCCCUAACAUGGCAUACCAGUACGAUGAGGAAAUCUUCCCCAACGCCCAUCACUUUGAUCCAGACAGAUUCAAGGAGGACGCCCGGAGCGACCGACACCAUUUCACAUUCAUCCCCUUCGGCGAGGGCCCCCGUAUUUGCGUGGGAAUGCGAUUUGGAUUGAUGGUGAUUAAAAUUGCUCUAGCUCAAAUUCUCACUCACUACAGGAUUACACUUAAUGAGAAAACUAGCACGGAAUUGGAAAUUAAUAACAUAGCCUUGGUACAUACACCAAAGAACGAUAUUUGGCUCAAUCUUUCACCCAUUCAAUAUAUGAUUAUCGACGUUUUUACAAUGGCUGUAGUGGAAAUUCUGCUUGGUUUAGUGGCUCUCAUUUUCAUUGGAUUCUACUAUGUUAAGCGAAAAUACUGCUAUUGGGAAGAUCGUGGAAUUCGGAGUGUUAAACCCAUUUUCCCAAAAGGAAAUCUCACAAAUGUUGGGGUGACUGAGCACUUUUUCGAGCUUUGCCAGAGGGUGUACUUUGACCUGAAAGGGGAGGGAAGAGUUUUCGGCGGGAUGUACUUAACUGUGAGACCUGCAGUAAUUACAUUGGAUUUGGAUUUCGUGAAAACUGUGCUCGUGAAGGACUUUCACCUCUUUCACGAUCGUGGCUUGUACGUGAAUGAACGGGAUGAUCCCCUAACGGCAAAUUUAUUGAAUAUUAAAGGAGAAAAAUGGAGGAAUCUGCGAACAAAAUUAUCACCAACAUUCACAAGCGGGAAAAUGAAGCUCAUGUUCCCAAUUAUGCGAGAUAUUUCAGAUCAAUUAAUCGAAUGUCUCAGCAAGGAUCAUGUGGAUGGGAAGGAGUUUGAGCUCGGUGACUAUUUGUCGCGCUUUACACUCGAUAUUAUUGGAAGUUGUGCCUUUGGCAUUGACUGCAACAGUCUUCAUGAUCCAAAUGCGGAAUUUCAUCGUAUUGGGAAGAAGGCUUUUGAUAAUUCCGAAGGAAGAGCUCUCAAACGACUCUUCAUCACGACAUUCAAACCCUUGGCUCGACUUCUUCGUUUGCAGAUGAUUAGGAAGGAGAUAACAGAAUUCUACACAAGAAUCGUCACCGAAACAGUUACCUACAGGGAAAGUGAAGAUGUUGUAAGGGAUGACUUUAUGAAUCUUCUUAUCCAACUUAAAAAUAAAGGAAAACUCGAUGAUGAUCCUGGGCAAAUUACUGGAAAGAUAACAAUUAAUGAAGUUAUAGCGAAUGCAUUUCUCUUCCUACUUGCUGGCUUUGAGACUUCCUCGACAACAAUGAAAUUCUGUUUAAUCGAAUUGUCUCGCAAUAUUGCCGUACAAGAUAAACUUCGCGACGAGAUACAAGACGUGCUUGAACGGUAUGAAAAUAAGAUCACAUACGAAGCGUUAUCGGAGAUGAAGUAUUUGGAUAAAGUAAUUAAUGAAACACUGAGAAAACACCCACCUGCUGCACUAAUUGUGAGAUCACUGAAGGAGAAGUACAAUGUGCCAAAGACUAAUGUGGUUUUGGAUAAGGGAACCCAGCUAUUUGUCCCAGUACUGGGUAUUCACCGUGAUCCAGAAAUUUACCCCGAUCCAGAGAAUUUCGAUCCCGAACGCUUUAGUCCUGAAGCAGUAAAGUCGCGUCAUCCGUAUGCUUUUCUUGCCUUUGGCGAAGGACCAAGGAAUUGCAUUGGAAUGCGCUUUGGUUUAAUGCAGACCAAGAUUGGUAUAACACGCCUCCUAAUGAACUACCGCUUCUUGCCAAGUGAUAAAACAAAAUAUCCCAUUGAGUAUGUUAAAACCACCACACUUCUCUCACCUGUGGGUGGUUGUUGGGUGAAGGCAGAAAAAGUUUGA